UCGCAGCCGGAGCGCAGUACGAGAAGAGAUUUCAAGAUGAGCUCAGCUCUUAUGCUAGCUGUCGUCCCACUGAUCCUGCAUUUGAUGGGCGUGGCUGUGGGCGUACCAGCGAGCACAUCACCUGCAAUACCGAAACUCAAUUCAGAGAUUGAGGUGACUACUAAGGAAAGCCCCACUGACUCAUCGACAAUCACAAGUGAACCCACCUCGGGCUUAUCUGCGUUCGAGAAGGAAUGCCAGUUUGCUUGGAAAAAGUUCUUGGUCGAUUUUGAUGUGCACUACGAUAAUUACUCCGAACUGCAAAGGCGACGAAAAGUAUUCUGCGGGAAUUGGCAAAAAGUUAGCGAUCACAAUUUAAAAUACGAUUCGGGAGUUGUCAGCUUUAGAAAGGGUAUCAACCAGUUCAGCGAUCUAACCUUUGAAGAGUGGAAAGAGAAACAAACUCCUAGACUCAAGCCAGAAAUCACGGGAGAAUCAUCAAUGGAGGAGAGCGACAAACUGAAUGGCCAGGCAGCAUGGGAAAAGCUUUUGGUAAGAUCAGCCAAGUUGUUCAAGCCAACUUUAAUUAAUUAUGCAUGUAUGAAUUACAGAUUGACUUUGGAGAAUGUGAAGUAUGAAAAAUGGGCGGAGCCCCUCAAGAAGGAUAUAAAACAGUUGACGGACCUUUACCUUGAGGAUCGACCUAGUCCCGCUCCCGAGAUUUUUAAGAAAGAGACCACUAUGUCCACCAUGUCCAAGAUAGCUGAAGAUGAUAUCAAAUGCCAAGCAGCUUGGGAGAAGUUUUUGAUUGACUUUAAGCCGAAAUAUCAAGAUGAUAAUCAAGCCAAAAAACGUCGAAAUAUAUUUUGCGACAACUGGAUUGCGAUACAAAAGCACAAUGUUCAAUUCGAUUUGGGAAAUAUUUCCUUUAAGAAGGGCAUAAAUCAGUGGAGUGAUCUUACCGUAGAAGAGUGGAAAAAGAAACAAAGACCUGCGUUUAAUCCAGAGUUUUCUGAGGUUGAAACCACUACAAAAAUAGCUAAGGAUGUAAAGGAGCAAUGUCAGACUGCAUGGAAAAAGUUUCUGGUUGACUUUAAGGUCAAAUACCAAGAUGACACAGAAACCGAAAAACGCCGGAAUAUUUUUUGUGACAACUGGAAGGCGAUUCAGGAACACAAUGUGCAGUUCGACUUGGGAGUCGAAUCUUUCAAGAAGGGCGUAAAUCAGUGGAGUGAUCUUACUGUAGAGGAGUGGAAAAACAAACAACGACCUAAAUUAGCUCCAGAACAUUAAAGAGAAGAAGCGACUACAAAAAUGAGCAAGCAGAAAAAAUUGAAAAAAAUUGUUUUAUAAAAAGUAAAUGGUUAGAAAUUGUACGGGGAGUAUUCGAUUUUGAUUUGAUUAAAUCCAAUAAUAAUAAAAUAAUCGGAUGGGAGAUACCAGCACAGA